GGGAACAAAUGGUAGUUAUCCCAAUAUUCUAUCAUGUAGAUCCGUCUGAAGUGCGGAACCAAACUGGGGCUUAUGGAGAAGCAUUUACGCAUCAUGAGGAGAAUACAGAUGAGGAGAGAAAGGAAAAGAUAAGGAAAUGGAAGACUGCCCUGAGGCAAGCAAGCAAUCUAGCCGGAUACGAUGCGAAGAACAGGUAUGAGUCAACGCUUAUUGAUGAAAUUAUUGAGAAAGUUCAUGGAAAUUUACCUAAGAUUUUAGGUCUUAACAAGAACAUUGUUGGAAUGGAUUCAUGCGUGGAUAUUUGAGGACAAAGCUAGAAAUUUAGAGAAUCUUUGGGACUCCAUUUAUUUCAUCGCUUCGCUUUGGGCUUUUUGCUCAGCGGGUUUUAAGGACAUUCCCCUUAACGUUUUACAACUAGAUUGGCUAGCAGUGUGUAGUUCCAAUGAGACGGUGUAGUGUCAUAUUAUUUUCUUGUGUUGUUUAGUUUUAAUUUUGGCAGGAGGAUUUCUCAUCCUCCUUAUGUACUAUUUUAUCCUAUCAAUAUAAUCAUGUGUGGUUUCCUAUAAAAAAAAACAUAAUUAUGAAUUAUUGUCACAUGACAUUGAUGAUUUUUGUGUCUUUUGAGCACGAUAUGCCUGAUGAAAUUGUUGUUAUACUUGUUACCUUCUAUAUCACUUGGCAAUGAAAAGAAAAAUGUUAAAUUUGAAACUGAUCUUGAAUCUGAAAAUUUUGAAGGUUCAUCUCAUGAUACAACAUAUUUGGAAGAAAAGUUGUCAUUUGAGAUUGCCAAGGAAGCCUUGUAUGAUUAGUGUCUUAAGAUGAAAAUUGUGAAAGUUGGAUAAGAAUAAAAGAAGUAUGAGAGAAGACUUCCUCGCUUUAAAAAAUCUUUUACCUUGAAAAUGAGCAUGGUACCUUGUUAAAAAAUUUGAAUGUCUUACAAUCUGAUUAUGAGCCACGUAAAUCAGAAUUGACUAAAUCGAAAGAAAUCUGAUCUAGCUCCAUUUCUUUGUCCAUAAAAGAUGUUGAAUGUAAGCCAAAGUUAUUCUUCAAUACCUAGCCAAACUGAAUGCUUAGGUAAAAUGAAAAGUAAAUUAAAGAAAAUAUAGCAAGAUCAUCAUAAAGCUUGCAAGACUAAGAAAAUCCAACAAUAAAACACCAAACUUCGUGCAAAGUUUUAGAUCCUCAAAGGUUAAGGGUUUGUU